AUGGCUCCGAUUCUGUACAUGGCUUCACUCGGAGUGAACAAACGUGGUCGUGACUAUACGAGCUCGGCUCCGGCAAAGCCCCCAGCGCUCAAUACGCUCUCUCCGUCAACUCUCAUCCUAGCGCACGAGUUAUACUCCGGUCUGUACCACACCAUGGCUUCCGACGAUGAUGAAUACGUCUUGAUUCAACCGUCUGCGCCGAGCGACGUCAUGUCGGUGUCUACACUGUCCGAUGGGCCACCUUCGCGUGAGGCGACACUUUCCCCAUCCUCGACACCUCGCACAAUAUACGCGCUGGAUGAGAGCAUCCUUUCCACAAUUUUUCUCGCGCUGGCCACAAUAGACCGGCCGACUGUAGGAUAUGGCGGUUACAACGGCCUGGGCUUCGUCGUAGCCAGUCACGUCUGUCGAACCUGGAGGAACGUCAUGCUUUCCUGUCCGGAGCUCUGGGUUGCCACCGUCUUCAGCUUCCCUCGUGAACGAGCCGUUCAGACGAUUCUCGAGCGCACGCGAGAUCUACCUAUCGAAGUGGAUCUCACCAUUGCCCCUGCGCGAUCGGCACCCUGGUGCACGUCCCUGUGCUUUAACCUAUUGACUCGCAUCAAGUCCCUCCGCAUAUCCGCGGCACGUGGCGCAAUCUCCCGAGAUGAUUUCAACGAGUUCAUACGCUCGGUGAUUGCUACAGGCGCGCCGGUACUCCAGCUUCUGGACAUCGUCCAACACAGCGCUCGAGUUCAGGACCAGUUUCCUGAUCUCGAAUUCUUCGCACCAAACCUUCGCACGCUGCGUCUUAGCGGCAUCUUCUUCCCGUGCCUAUCGACGGCGCUCACUUUCCUCUAUCUCAAGAUUGCGCGUCCCUUUUCCCAGCUUCACCACUCCGGUGCCAACGUGCUGGACGUCAUACGCAACUCGAUGGAGACGCUAGAGCAUAUCGUUGUUGAGAUGCUUCCCGACUUGACUUCGCCAGGCCAGGAGGUCUCGUAUGGCACGCUGGGAGAGGAGAUACACCUCUUCAACGCUCAGAGUGUCUCCUACCGCGGACCUAACCUUGUACUUCUGCGACCAAUUCAUCUUCCCCCGGAUGCCUUCGUAUACCUAUCGCUGGACACGCCCGUUAUUCGUCUCGUCGAAGAUGCGGAGGAAGUCCUUCUUGUUCGCAUAGCCGCGCCGCUACUAACGGGCGGUACGUACGCGCUUUCCAUCGGUGCGGAGAUCGGUACCGCAUACCUGUCAAUCCAGUUUUUGCGCUCUGGCGCUGAAACACAGUGGGAAGACGCACUCAAGCCGACGAUACGUGCGAGACGGGUGGCGAAUGACCUUUACAACCAUGGCUUACCCGACUCCGAUAUCAUUCCCAAGGCAACCGACAGCGGCAUCCUGGUAGAAUGGCACCCUCCUCAGUCUGACGAUGAUCGCACGAGGGGCGAGCUAGUAUACGUUCUUUUGGAGCUUGUUCGCCAUGCCAUAGGCGCGCGAAUGCCGAACGAGAGCGGCUUUUUCGAACCUAUCAUGUCCCUCGACCUCUGCGUAUCGGACGACCUCCUGGCCGCCGAAUGGGCGGACUUGCUACAGAACUACGCGGCCGUCGAUACCCUUCGCAUGCAUGCUGCGUCGACCAGCCUCCUCGCGGCGUUGGCGACACAAACGACCUCACUACUCCCGAAUCUGGCCAUCCUUGUGUUGGUUCUGGAUGCGAUGGAUGAUCGCGCUGGGCAUCAGCGUGCUAAGACCCUGGCAGAGACAUUGGAAAGACUUGUCCUCGGACACUUGGCGGCAGGCAGGGACAGCAGCAUCGAAUAUAUUCGGCUGGAGGGGAGACUCGAUUCGAGGUUUUUCGCGGAGACCGUGAGAGAAAGGCUCAGUGUCUAUGUGCCCAAAGUAGAGAUAGCGCUUGUAUGA